GGAGAUCUGCGAAGACCCCUCCAUCUGGGACCUCUGCAAUGAACAUCCUGGCCCCCGUGAGGAGGGACCGGGUCAUUGGUGAGCUGCCCCAAUGUUUCACCAAGGAGGCCGCUCUCCACAGCAGGACCUCCUUCCAUCCCAAAGUGGUGGGCACGUGCCAGGCUCAACGGACGGGCACCGUGGGGUUUUGCAAAGACACCUUUGACAAGAAUUACAAGGCCACCAUCGGGGUGGACUUUGAGAUGGAACGGUUCGAGGUUCUGGGGGUCCCCUUCAGCCUCCAGCUGUGGGACACGGCUGGCCAGGAACGCUUCAAGUGCAUCGCCUCCACUUACUAUCGGGGAGCACAAGCCAUCAUUAUCGUCUUCGAUUUGAAUGACGUGGCAUCGCUGGACCACACCAGGCAGUGGCUGGUCGAUGCCCUGAAGGAGAACGACCCCUCCGGAGUCCUGCUCUUCCUGGUGGGCACCAAGAAGGACCUCAGCGUGAGCGAGAACAUCCGGGAGUUUUUCUUCCGUCUGGCCGCGCUCACCUUCGAACGGAGCGUGCUGGCCGAGCUGGAGAAGAGCAACGCGCGCCGGAUUGGGGACGUCGUGCGCAUUCAUGGGGACGAGCGAGACCUGUACAUGACGGAGAAGAAGAAACGGACCAAAUGCUGCGCGUGACGGAGCGCCCCUGAACAGCCCCCCUCUCCCGCAUUUGCACUGGACUCUUUUCUAGAC